AUGAAGAAUAAAGUCCUAUGCAGUCGGGGCUUUUUUGACUUAUUUUUCAAGUGCACUUCAAUGAGUUGGCAUCAGCCUGGUCUUGAUGUUAGUGCGGCUCCUUUACAUCAACUUACACCUCAUGGUCUGUUAUCAAAUGAAUAUCUUUCUGGGUUUGAUCAGAGUUCUGGUGGUAUGGAUUCGGAAAACGCACUCUUGACGGAGCAGCGUGCACAGUUGACAGGAAGAGAACUUCAACAACUUCUUAGUGUUGCUCACCAAAGUUUAGAUGAAGCUCAGGAAAGAAAACAGUCAUUAAAUAGUCAUAGAUUAAAGCCUGCUCUAUACAGUGUGUUCUGUGAAAUCAAGGAGAAAACAGCUCUAAGUUUGAGAAACUCAGCUGUUUCUGCUGUAGAAGAUGAAGCUAAUUCACCAGAUCCUCAGCUUUUACGCUUGGAUAAAAUGUUAGUUGCCGAAGGUGUAACAGGACCUGGCGGUAGUCUGAAUAAUGAUCUAAGUGACGGUCCUGGAGACUUGGGUGGGGGACCCGGUGAUUGUAAUCAAAUUGAACAUGCUGAUUAUCGCGCCAAAUUGUCUCAGAUUCGCCAGAUAUAUCAUGCAGAAUUGGAGAAAUAUAAAAAUGCGUGUGAUGAAUUCACAGGACAUGUUAUAAAUUUAUUGCGUGAACAGAGUCGUAGUCGACCUAUAAGCCCAGCAGAAAUUGAACUUAUGGUUGGUAUAAUUCGGAGGAAGUUUCGAGCAAUUGAAACACAGCUGAAACAAAGUACUUGUGAAGCAGUUAUGAUAUUGCGAUCUCGAUUUUUGGACGCUAGACGCAAACGUCGAAAUUUCAGUAAAGAAGCUACUGAAGUACUAAAUGAAUAUUUCUACUCUCAUUUGGCUAAUCCAUAUCCUUCAGAAGAAGCGAAAGAAGAAUUAGCCAAAAAAUGUGGGAUAACUGUUUCACAAGUCUCUAAUUGGUUUGGAAACAAACGUAUUCGGUACAAGAAGAACAUUGUAAAGGCUCAAGAGGAAGCAAAUAUGUAUGCUGCGGCAACAGCCGCGGCAGCAGCUGCUGCUGGAUCUGUGGCAUCUGGGACUGGUGGUCCAACAUCAUCUGAUGAACAUUCUGUUGGAUAUGGUCAUCCCGGCUAUGAAUACGAUGAUUCUAUGAGCCUUCAAAGACCUGUCCCUCAAAUGUCCUGUCCACCUGAUCAUGACACUUGGAUGGGUGGGGGAGGAGCUGGAGUUCUCGGACCGGGUAGUUUAGAUGAACCCGACUGCAAACGCAGUAAACUUUGAGUACAUCUAUGCGUAUGCGACAAGCUGUUCAAAUAACUUCAUUCACUACAUUUUACAGCUGAUGAAUUCGCCUUGAAGUAACUUAUUUGAUAAGCAUAUAUAUAUAUGCAUUCUCUUCAUCUGUUGGUUUAUGUUCCAUAUUUCGUUAGUUCUGUAUUCCUUUAAAACAUGUGUUUUGUAGAGAAAAUAAUACCGGGUUUACGCAGUAAUCCCACGCAAUAUAUACAAGCGACUAUGUGUAUUGUUAUAGGCUGAAUUGUCUCGGCUUUUUCCUGCCUUUUGUUCUAUUCUUUUUUCCCCGUAUUUUAUUCUUCAGCAUAUUUAUUUAUUAAUGUUCGUAAGUUCUCAAUGGUUAAGGCCUGUAUCGUGGUCCUGUCUUUAUAAUACAAAUAUCAUGUUAAUUGUAUUCCCUUUUUCUCUAUGAUGAUCAAAAUGAAUUCGAUUUUUUUUGAACAUUUCACUUGAAACAUUAAAGCCCUAAUAAUACUAUCUUAAUUGAUGUUGUCUCUGUUGUCGUUUUUUAGUCACCUAUCUUUUACUCUCUGGAGGGGAUGUGAAAGUGCAUCAACUUCCCAUUUAUACUUUCGUAUUACGUAUUUUUUGUGUCUUGUGUUUUUAUUCUCUUAUGGUUUAAACGGUUAAUUUCUUGUCUUGAGAAUUUCGCUUCACUUAUUUGCUAACUAUUCUCUCCUAUUCACUUACAUUCUUUUAUACUACAUUUUUUCAUUCUGUAAGAUGUGGGUGUGUAUCUUUUAGGACUGUGUCGUAAGACGAUUUUUUCUCUUUCAAUUUAUUUCAUUUCAAUAAAACAAAUUGUAUUACUUUCUCAGUAUUGUUAAUAUUCUAAAUAGUGGUGAUUCACUAACUAAAUAUUCAGCUCUAAGUUUGAACUCCACUCAUCUACUACGAUUUAUAUGUCCAAUUAGUUUUAAUCGCCUUCACAAACAGUUUAUCAUAAAAGGCACGUAUUGAAACUCAUAAGCGAAUCACAUCAUAAUCUUAAUUAACAGUUAAGAUGUAUAAAAUAAUUAAAAUUUCAUCGACAAUUGAUAUAAAUUGUCCAGCAACUGUAUGCUUCAUUUUAUUGUAAAAACAAAGUCGUUUUAAGCACUGU